GUGUCGGGCACCCCCCCUAACCAAGCUAGCGCGAGACGGGCCGAUGCUCAGCGCGGCUGCCCCGACUGGAGCGAGAUCGGAGUCGCCGGCGUUCCCCGUACACCGGGCACCAGGGAAUUCCCCGGGCGGCCUGCUAGGGAAAUGAUCCUCAUGGAGUCUCGGACGCCCGCCGACGGCCCCGGGAAGGUCCCCAGCAAGCUGCCGGGCACCUCCUCCGGCGCCGCCUCGGCGACCUCCGCCAGCGUGACCAAGACUUCGGCGAAGACUACGACGACCCGAAGUCCCCAGUGCGCCCGGUGCCGGAACCACAACCGAAAAGUGGCCGUGCGUGGCCACAAGCGCUACUGCCCAUACCGCAUCUGUGUCUGCCCAAAGUGCAAUCUGAUCGCCGAGCGCCAGGUGGUCAUGGCGCAGCAGGUCGCGCUGCGCCGAGCCCAGGUCCAAGACGAGGCGAGCGGCCGAGCAGUGUUCGAGGAGGUCGACCCCAAGAGCUUGCUCGACCAGCCGCCCCCAACGGACGUGGUCAAACCACCGGCCCUGGUCAGCUCGACAAACUCGUUCGCCGCCAACGGUCAACGGGUCUUGUACCAAGUCAAAGAUUCGGGACGAUUGUUAACUUUCUGUGCUUUGGUGCCAGCGCUUCCAAGUGCAGCGAGCAGCUAUCUACCCUUAAUAUUUGAAUACUCUGCCCGAGUAAUUUUUGCCGUUUUUUUUUUCGCUUUUACUUGCCCUUGUGCUAAAGCUAUUCCUGACAAUUUCUGUAACAAUCGAUUUCGUUGCACUCCUCCCUCGUCCCGCCGAUUGGCCCAUGCUGGCCCGGCGGUGGCAUGGAAGCGUCUGACCCAAUGGCUAAGUGCUAAGAGGACGGAAAAUGAAACCGAUUGGCGCGACAUACGGUCCAAGAUUCGUUAUUGUUAUUAUUCGUUUCGAUGCAAAGAGUGAAGUGCAGAAUGAGCUUUGACUGUGUAAGGAGUACGAAAUUAGAAGACAGGACAGGCUCUGCCACUCCUGUCUUCUCAACCGUUUCCCAUUUGUUUUGCGAUAUAAUCGGUGUUUGUCAAGUCUUGAAACGAUUAGGACUGUCCACCAUGUUACGAUUAUAUUGCAUGGCGUGUAGUGCAACAUCGAUGCACGGCAUGUGGUACGUCGAUGUUUCACAUACAGCACUGACAGCGCUGCCUUGCAUUGCAUUCGUGCACUGUCAUAUGUUGCAACAUACACAGGUGUAGUAUGCACGGGCGCUCACCAUGUUGUACUUAAUGGACUUGAAGCGUUUAACAAGGCUGUUUUACUUAUGCAGUAUGGAUGAUAAACUGCAAGUGACGUACUUCGUAACAAUAUGUGCCUUUCGAAAGCCACAUAUUGUUACGUGUGUUCGCGAUGGAGCUGCUUAAAUUUAGUGUGCAAGGCUGCGAUGAUGUUUAUGUCGUUUUCGCUACGCUUUCUAAUAACUGUUAAAAUAUUCUGAAGGUGUUGUCAGCUCUCCCUUUCGGGGGUUUCGGAUGCGCCCUGUCAUUGUCUUACGAGCAUUGAUUAGGGUUGUCCGAUGGUUCGAUUGUGUGUGCCACAAGUGAAAGUUCUGAGUCACUUUUGGAUGGUCUAACAAAAGAACAGGAAGGCUGCUGGUCAACCAGCACCCUUCCGGUUUUUUGGUCUACUUCUAUACUUCGAAUUGUCUUUCUCCUGCUUAGAACUUGCUGCUGGUAUUUGGUAUCGAGCAUUAUGCCACGCUUUUAUUCUGAAACGUUAUUGCUGAACCCUUUGUCAUUGAACACUAGGGAGGUCUCCAGCAAUUUUAAAUAUUCGUAACCUUGACAUGACAAUGCAGUUUUGCAGUUUUCAUGAAUUAUUGCGCUAUCACUGCUGCCAAUUUGUUGUGCACAUUGUCUCUGACUUCAAUGUUCGCACCACCAUCAGAAUACUAGCGAUCUGAGGGGCCCUUUUGUAUAAAAGCCCUUUGCCAGUUAAGAUUUAUGUUUGUUCACAGAUGUCGCUCACUAUACUUCAUGUUACACAUUUCCUGUCAAUGAUACUGGCUUAACCUUAAAAUUUGCGGUGAAGUGUUAAAUUUACCUCGUUCUAAAAGAGUUGAAAUGGUUACUACGUGGGUCUUGUUCGAAAAUGUCACUCAAGCAGAGCAUUAGGACAUCUUAAAUAUUAUUUUGGCUGUCUUAGAUAUAGUAAGCUGCAAGGAAAUUAGGUGUUUUUAUCGUGCUUUGUGUUACCCACUGGUUUCGAUUAAAUUUUUGUCAGGCUAACUGCAAUAGCCGCUCUUCAAAUGUCACUGAAAGCUGCGCAUUCCUUUUCGUCUACGAGCAAUGGUACAUAAACGAGAAAAGUACGCGUAAAGUUUCACUUUUUUUAGCAAGGCUGUGAAUAGUAUAGAAGCUAGAAUACUUUGAUGACAAUUUUGUUCCUGGCCUCUAUAAGAAUAUUGUGGUCACUGAUAGCACACGGAGAGCAAUAUACAUUUUUGUAUGAAACUUGUGUCAAUAGUGUGUCGUGAGAUUAUAGAUCUCAGCAGAUUAAUUAACGGUAAUAUAUUGAACGUUGUGAUUGGAUAUAUUUAGACUCUGUGAUGCUGCGCCAUCGAAAAAUGUAAGUGAUGCCGUGUUCUUUUUCGUUGCUGGCCCAAAAUACGAGGACUUGUGUGAUUAAAAGCUGGCAAACCAAAA